CAGCACAAUUUUCAAGGUUUUGGCCUUGGUUUCAAUUUAAAUAUCAAGCUCAAAGUUUUUCUAGAUAUACUAUUGAUCUAUUUUGGGCAAUCUACUGACAACCCUUCUCUGAGAAUAAAAACAGCAACAUCUGGCUUUAUUACUACUCCUAUACAAUCAGAAAACAAUAGUAACUCUGAAACUUUUUCCACUGCGGCUAUAAUUGUAAAAUCUACUUGUAGUAGCUCUAAUUUUUCUAAGACAGCUUUAGUUGCUAAAUCUACUCAUUUAACUAGCAAUACUAUACACAACCUAUCAACUGAAACUAUAACUAAUACAAUUGUAACAACUACUCACAAUCCAACUAAUAUAGUAUCUAUAUUGAAUAACAUCAAUACAAACACAAAUUCAAACCCAUAUGACGAAUUUUUUAUAAAUAUUCUCUCAGAUCUAAGUAACAUGUCUGGUCAAAGAACAUCUACUCGUAUAACACACCAAAUAUCUACUUUAAUAGAUAUGCGAGAUAGAAAUAAUAAUGAAAACAAUAGACACA